GGUAAAGCCGUAGGUGCAAGGCAUCACAAAACUGGGCGAGGCAUUGCAGCGCAUUCAAACCGAAAUCGGUCGACUGCGUGGAAAGGUGGAAAGACGGUCUGGCAUCCGCAAUUUCUUCUCUCACAUGAAGAACCCCAACAGGAUUGAUGAUUUAAAGAAGGAUUUCAAUGAAACGUUGGCGUCGUUCCAGCUAGAGAUAAACCUGGCAAUUGGUGCAAUAGCAAAUAAUCAAGAUCGGUUAACUCAUGAGGUAGAGAAUUCCUCAGUUCUGAACGAACUUAAAUACCCCGUUGUCGCCCACCACGAUUCAACUCAGGGGUGCCUGGAAGGCACGAGGGCUGAUCUGAUUGGGCACAGUAUGGCAUGGUGCCGCAACACGGGGAAUGGAGAAAAACGUGUAUUGCUGCUGACCGCCGUCGCUGGUGCAGGCAAAACAUCUGUUGCCCAUUCAAUCGCAGAGGAAUGUAAAAAGGAAAGGAUAUUACUGUUAAGCUUCUUCAAGGCAGGCGAACAAUCGCGGCCAGAUCAUAUGUUCAGCGGCAUGGCUCGAUCUCUGGCAACGCACGACCCUUUAUACCGCGCCUCUCUCAUAUCGACCCCUCAAGAAGACCCAACCCUCUCGACUGCUCCAUUUGUGACGCAAUUCAAGAAGCUAGUGGCUGAGCCUCUCCAUCUCAAAACCUCUCCGUCCGACCGUUCUAUGGUAGUCAUCAUCGAUGCGUUGGACGAGUGUGACACGGAAGCGUUUCCACGUCUUGCUAAUAUGCUUCGAAAGGAAGUGCCAAAACUGCCGCCCAACAUCAAAUUUUUUGUCACUUCAAGACAAUUCGACCUCGUUAAUCGUUUUCUAUCACCUGAUUUCCCUAUCGAUCGCCUCAGCAUCAAUCUCUCAGAUGAUGCCAACGUGCAUGACUGUACUGUCUACAUCCAAUCACAAUUACGCGAACUGAAAGGUGUGCAUCCUGAUUUGAAAUACCGAAUCGAGGAUGAGGAGAAAUUGGUCCAAAGUAUAUUGGAACGGGCAGGUGGCUUGUUCAUUUGGAUCAGUACCAUCUUCCGCUACAUGAAGAUCGCUAAUGGUGAUCCUGCGAGGAUGCUGAAGAAGCUGCUCGAUGCCGGGGAGAACGGAUCGAAGGUCUCCACUGAGGAAAUGAUGGAUAGCCUGUAUACGCUCGUAUCCACUGCAAGCCGACGGAGUGUGGGUGAUUGCGGGUCAAUUCGGUCCACGAGAAAGUCGCGAAAAGAUUGAUGCAAAAUACGAAUCGACUUGUCAGGAUCCUUGACUCCUGAGAGGAGGGGUGCAAGUUCGGCCAACGUAUAUCGAAUGGGCGAGGUCAGGAGUGGUGACAAAAUGGCAUCCCAUGCCGCAACCGACAGUGGCAUUUGUGCGAUUAAGAUUGCUCCCAUCACAAUCGGAUAAUCAUGCACAAAGUCGUCGUUCUUCCAAUCACACUUUUCUAAAAUGCUGAGGGAGAACUCCAGAGUGGC